AUGUUGCCCGAACCCCCGCUGCCCCCCCUUCGUCGGCAGUCCGCCCGCCAGCAGCAGGCGAAGGGUGUUGGUCCAGAUCAGGGCUACACAGAGGGGCAGGUUGACCUUCGCGACGUCAUGUUUUUAGAAUAUAUGCCACGCGGCAGCCUGGACAAGGCGAUCAAAACAGCGAGUGACAAGCAAAUGGCCUUUCCCAACCGUGCCUUGUGGCACAUGUUUCACUGCCUUGUCAAAGCUUGUAUUGGCAUGGCCUUCCCUCCGGAGAGGUACAAAAGGCUCGGUAUUCAUUACCGGGGCCAGGACCCACCGUUUCGAGAGGAGCUCCCCGGCAACCCCGGACAAAUAUACACCAAGGACAGAUAUGUACAUUUCGAUAUUGAUCCGCAAAACGUUCUUGUGGGAGACGACAAUCCGGAAACCGGCCAUCACAUCAUUCCGCUUCUCAAGUUAAGCGACUUUGGCCUUGCUUCCGAUAUUCCGAACCAGGAUCUCUCUAACCACGAAUGGAUGUUAAGCCUACGACGCCUCGCGAAAUAUCUAUUUUUCACGCCCGAACAAUUCACAGAUCAAUGGGACACCGUUCCCCGGGGCGUCGCUCCUGGGGCUAUGAAUCCCCGGCCGAGUGUGGCUGGCAACUUCAGCUGGAAAACCAAUCUCUACCAAAUGGGUCUCACUAUGAUGUGCCUCAUCACCAAAGAAUUCCCUCCCCAACCCCCUCACCCCCGCCGCAUCCAUAUCCCCCCCAUCUACUACCACGACCUCGACGACGACGACGCCGAUUACAUGGAAUCCCCCACCAGCGAAGCACCGCCCCCAGAACCCGGCGCUGACGAGCCAUCCAGUCACAACCUCCGCACCUACCAGGGCCAGCAAGACUGGCACGACGCAUUGUUCGACACAGCCGACAUGGAAUUGGAUGACGAGGACGAGGUAAAAGCAAAUUGGAUACGGGUGUGGACGUAUGGCGGGCAUUUGAUGGAUGAUAGGGUGCCGGAGUAUGUGAGGGUGGAUCGGGAGUUGAGGAGGUUGGUGGCGCAGUGUUUGUGUAAUGAUCCGAGGUAUCGGCCGAGGAUGGCGUGGUUGGAUCGGAAGAUUGCGAAGUGUAUUCGGGAGAGGUAUGGGCACGGGGCUGCGGAGGAUGCUGUGGUAGGUGAAGGGGAUAAGGAUGAUACGGAUGAUGACACUAUUACCGAUGAGGAUACUGAUAUGGAGGACUACGGCGAUGAUGGUGAUGAUGGGGCAGAAGGCGGGGCUGGCAGUGGGCAAGGUGGGCAGAAACGGGCGGAUGAUGAUCAGUCCAUGGAAGAUGCGAGAGAGGAGAAGAAUGUCAGAGGUAAAGGUAAAGGCAAAGAGGUCGAUCAUGGUGGUGGUAGCAGUGCAGGACAAGGAACGCCAGGCAAUGAUAUUGUGAUAGGAGAAGAGAAGAGUGACAAAGGUAAAGGCAAAGCAAAAGCAGUGGAUAAUGGUGGCGGUAAUACUGCAGGAGAAGGACGGGCGGGUAGCGAUGUAACGAUGGGAGAUGCAGAGGAGGAAAGUGGUGAAGAAACUGCAUCCGACGAAACUGGGGAAAGUAGCAGCGAUUGUUCUUUUGGGGACAGCUUUUAUGAGCCAGCGGAUGAUGAAGAGAUGAGGGAGUGGGUGGCGGAGGUUUUUGGUCGGCCAAAUGCGAGCAAAAACUGA